AUGGCCAACUUAAAGUCUGCCAGACACCGCAAGGCUGCGUAUGAUUCAUCACUGCAACUGGCCAAUGCGCUAGGCGCGGGUGCAAACAAGAUCAAGAAGCAAAUCCGGAAUGUAGAACGGUUGCUGGCCAAAAAGAGAGAUACGCUGCCCGAUACCGUUAUAGUGGAGAAGGAGCGUACUCUCGAGGCGUUGCGUUUGGAGCUUGCAAGUGCGGAAAAACGCGCGCUUGCUCGUAAGAACGCCAAGAAGUAUCACAUGGUGCGUUUCUUUGAGCGCAAGAAGGCUACCAGGCGAUACAAGCAGGCCCUCAAAAAGGUGGAGACCAGUGCGGGGGACGACGCUGCGCUCACAGAUCUGCGUCAGCGCGAGCUGGAGCUUUGCUAUGUGGUGAACUUUCCAAAAACAACCAAGUAUAUUGCGCUGUAUCCUGUUGAGGAGGAUCCGGAGGCGGCCAAGGAGACGGCGGCAAAGCGGGACGCAUUCCUGAAGGUCGUUGCCAAGCAGCUAAGUGAAGGCACGUUGCCGGUGCCGCUGGAACAGAUCCUGAAGGGUAAGAAAUUGAAUAAAGAGAGCACGGGUAUCUCGGUUAGUGACAGCGAGGAUGAGGAAGAACCCGGUCGGAACGAAGAAGCGCAUGAGGAAGAGGAGGAUGAUUUCUUUGAAUGA